CCCAUUGGCUGAGAGGUAGACGGGGGCGGGGAAAACAGAGCUCCGGCUCUUCCAAACUAACUUUUCAGAUGACAGCGAGUCUUGGAAGCGAACGGAGACGAAGGCGUGGCGGUCCUGGUCCAGAAAUCUCCCGAAAGCUACAGUAAGACUCCAUCCAGCCACCACCAUGUCCAGCAAACGGGCAAAGGGGAAGACCACCAAGAAGAGGCCUCAGAGGGCCACUUCCAAUGUCUUCGCCAUGUUCGACCAAUCGCAGAUCCAGGAGUUCAAGGAGGCCUUCAACAUGAUCGACCAGAAUCGCGAUGGCUUCAUUGACAAAGAGGAUCUCCAUGACAUGCUGGCCUCUCUGGGUAAGAACCCGUCGGACGAGUACCUGGAGGGGAUGAUGAAUGAAGCUCCAGGCCCCAUAAACUUCACCAUGUUCCUCACCAUGUUUGGGGAGAGGCUCAACGGCACUGACCCCGAGGAUGUCAUCCGCAACGCCUUCGCCUGCUUCGACGAGGAGGGAACUGGCUUCAUCCAUGAGGACCACCUACGAGAGCUUCUGACCACCAUGGGCGACCGAUUCACCGACGAGGACGUGGACGAGCUCUUCCGGGAGGCGCCCAUCGACAAGAAGGGAAACUUCAACUACGCCGAGUUCACCCGCAUCCUCAAACAUGGUGCCAAAGACAAGGACGACAUGUAGAGGACCCCCCCCUCCUCCCCACCACCACCACCACCACCACCACCACCCCUCCCACCCCAAAAUGUUAACAUAACAGCACAUAAUGGUGACCACUGCAAAAGAACAGCAGGUGGAGACUCAGCUCAUUAACUAUGCCUGGAUCUCUACCCUUCUAUAGCCAUUCCUGAGCACGUUAGACAGUGAUUAAAGUGAGAUGAAACGGCCGCACUGUCUAAACACUGAAGAAUGUAUUUAAAGGCUUACAAACCUAAGCUAUGCUAGCUCUAUGGUAUGAGCAAAGUUAAGAGAGAGAGCGAUGCAUAUUGGACCCAAAAACUCAAAAGACAGAAAUGUUUCCUCAACUAGCAAAAGCUGACACAUCGGACUCCAACACUUACCAACACUCGCCAGGUCAGUAUUAGGUCCAAACAAAAUGGUUCUGUUCUUUAAGAGAACGGAGGUCACUAGCAAUGGCCAUAUUUAUCACAAGGAGACAAAGGAUGACGAGGCUGGGAGUAUCUCCUAAGCAUUUGUAUUUAAAAAACAAGGUUAGUUUCACUUCAUAGAUGCAGCUAGCAAGUUUAUCAUCAAGUCAUUUUCAGAAAAUUAUGAAGUCACUACAUUUUUAAUGGAAGAAAUUCUGUCCUGAGUGUGUAAAAAUAUUCUGGAAAUGCAGCUAGAAAAUUUUAGACUGACUCUAGUAAACAGUAAAAAGGAAUCACUGUGAUUUUGAAGAUGGCUAUUACCAACUUCAACAAAUUUUUUAAAUGAAGUAAUAUUUUCAUCUGUAGUUCGCGACUUUUGUACUCCUCAUAUUAUGCAGGCUAUCUGGGUUAAAUUGAAUAUGUUAAUCAACAUGGUGUAUGUUCUGUGUUUGCAUGACGUUUCAUCAAUCUCAAAUGUAUAAGAAUCCCCAGGAUCCACUAGGGUCAUAGAGUGAAAGUAUUUGGCAUGAAAUGCAACAUGUUUUAAUUUGUUAAAGGUACCAUAUCUUAGAAAUCCGUUUGUACCUAGUUCUGGUAAAAUAUGAACUUGGCUGAACUUCACUUUUUAAAUGUUUUUAAUGUACUGCAAUAUUUUUCCCUUAAAAAACCUUAUCAACAUGUUUGUUAGACUUCGCAGAAUAAUUAAAAUAGCUGAAAAAUAGUAUAAUGGGGACCAUUAAGAUUGUUUAGUUUUUUUUUUACCAUCCCCCAUGACUUCUUAGUGUGAAAUUUCCAGUGCUGUUUGUUGGCUAAUUUUGACCCGGGACAUUAUUUGGACCCGCCGAUUCCAGACGACAGAAUAUGAAUGUUUACAGUGGACCUGCCUCAUUCCAAAUGCUCAGCAUGGAACACUUUUCACUCUGCAUUUUAUCAACGUUGUCAACCUUUGCAUUCUGUAUAAUAAAAACCCAAUUCAUUUAAA